AUCUGUCUUCCCCCAUGUAGAUGGUAGCAGCUCCCUGGCCGGUUUCUGCUGUGAACACGUGGAGCUUGAUCUGGACUCAUUUCUCCAGGCUCAUUCUUGGGGUUUCCAUGGCUCACUGUUUCCUUUGAUAUGCUAUAAUGUCUCACUUUCAAGACCUGAAUAACAUCGACGACAUACGCACUGCGUAUGAGAAGUUGUGCGUUGAGGAGGAUGAGAUCAAUGAGAGGCUGAAUGGGCUCCUCCAAAGGAGAGGAGAUAUCUCUAAGCAGAUCAGCAAGCUUCAGAAAAUGGCAUCAAAUUUACACUACUUGAAAGGUGAUGGAGCCCAGUUGGCAUCAAUGACCGAUUUUACUGCAGCUUUGGCUGACAAUGUCAGUGCAAAAGUGCGUCACUUGGAUAUGCUCAAGAAUCGAGUUAGUGAUUGUCAACGUAGAAUUGAGGAUCUUCUGGAUCUCCAGUUCUGCACAGAAGGCGUGAAAGCAGCUCUGCAGAAUGAAGAUUAUGAAAAGGCUGCAGCUCAUAUCCAUCGCUUCUUGUCAUUGGAUGAGAGCACCUUGAGAUAUUCCUCUGUUGAAGGAGAUGGGUACAGCUUAGAAGAUGCUUUCAAAAUGCUGAAGGAAGCUGAGUUCCAACUAAGACAGUUGGUCUAUGAACAGUUUGAUGAAGCUAUGAAGAACAAAGAUGGUGCAUCCAUUGAGCGAUUCUUCAAAAUAUUCCCACUUCUUAAUCUUCAUGAGGAUGGGAUUAAGAAGUUCUCUGCAUAUUUGUGCUCUAAACUGAAGGAAGCAGGGGAAAAAAGCCUAAAGGAUGCCUUGAGAUUGGGACCCUCUGAUUCUCGAAGCAGUGUCAAGUUUGCUGAUGCUCUCACUCUUAUCUAUGAGGGAGUGGCACGCACUAUUGAGAUUCACCAACCUCUUGUGGAGAAUUAUUAUGGACAUGGGUGGCUGUUUCUGAUGGUGAAGAUCCUCCAGGAGGAAUGUGACCAUCAGACAGUGCUGGUGGUGGAGGAAUUCCACAAGAAUCGUCACUUUGUGUCCACAAUGGCACAGGUGGAGAGUUGCCUCAGAGGUCAUACCUACUCCUCACGGCAGGAGAAGCUUGAUCCAAGGGACCUGGAUACACUACUUGGUGAAGUUACCAUCAUGAAUGCUCGGACUGAACUCUAUCUGCGGUUCAUUCGGAAACGAGUCAUGGGUGACAUUGAGAAGCAAUGUACUGAUGAUGGGAAACAGGAGGCUGAUCUUAGGGCUCUGGAAUCUCUUUUAAAGAGUUGUGUUGUGAGUUGCACUCUGCAAGAACUACUAGGUCGCUACAUCACUCUGGAGCAGUACUACAUGAGUGAAAGUGUGAAGAAGGCAGUUGCCAUGGAUGCAACAGAUCCAUCUGGCUCUGUCCUCACAUCUUCCAUGGUUGAUGAUGUCUUCUUUAUCCUUAAGAAAUGUGUCAGGAGAGCACUAUCUAGCUGCAGUGUGGAUGGGUUCUGUGCUGUGGUGAACAAUGCAUGUAUGGUGGUGGAGGAGUCCUAUUGUUCAGCUCUACGCAGUGAACUUUCAUCUGGCUUUCCCUCGGGUUAUUUGGAUCUCUCCCAGGCAUACAAUGUCGUCAUUCAGGGGAAAUUUAAUGCCCCUGACAUGGAGACUGCCAAGUCAAACUUUCUGAGGGCACUGAAUAAUGCAGGUGUGAGCAUUGAAUACAUUCAGACAUUGAGGGAGAGCGUUGAAGGUGAGAUUACAAACCAUGUAGGAACUCCAUCAACCAAAGACCGAGCCAAGAUUGACAACUGCUUAAACAGCCUCUCAGGCCUUGGUAAUGGACAAUUUCGAGCCAUCAUUGAUUUUGGGAUGGAGCAGCUAAAGAACAGUGCCAUCAAACCCAGGAUCAAGCCCUGGGUUGAUGCCUUCCUUGAUACAAGCCAUGAUAUCAAUGAGGAUGAGUACAGCGCAUAUGAGGCAAAUGACCCCUUCAUCCAUCAGUUCAUUGUUCACCUAGAUAGUCUACUUGGCACAUUCAAGGAAUCUCUAACACCCUCUAACUAUGACCGCCUCAUUUCUCUUCUCACCCUGGAAGUGGCCACCCAGCUCGAGAAGGUUGUUCUCAAGUCUUCCUUCAAUCGGUUGGGAGGUUUGCAACUGGACAAGGAAGUUCGGGCUUUGAUCAGUUACCUGAGCUCAGUGACAACAUGGAGUGUGCGGGACAAAUUUGCACGUCUCUUCCAAAUUUCCACCCUCCUCAAUGUGGAAAGACUGAGUGAGGUUCAUGAUAUCUAUGGCAGCGGCAGCCCCUCCUCUUCAAAACCGUCAUCUACGUGGAGGCUCUCAUCCAAUGAUGUCCGACAUAUCCUCAACCGGAGGUAUGGCUUUCAAAUAGAUCAGACAUUAUUUCGCACAAGUGGUGGUAAGGGCUACCAGCGUCCCUUCAGCUCAACAUGGCGUUCCUCAGCCAAGGAUCGACAGCAGACAUCCAUGUCUUCUUUGGGAGCUAUUACUCAACGGGGCGGAACAUCUGGGAAUCGUUUCAGUGGAACAUCUGAUUCUGACUCUGCUGACAAUGUCUAUACUUUCCACCGAGCUGCUCUCUAUGUCAUGGGGGAAAAGUCACAAAUGAAGGGGAUCAAGGCAGACAGUUACCAAAAGUGUGACUUCAUUCCAUGUGACUUCCCAGAGGUCCGCUCUACCAAGAUUGCUUUUAAGGCUCUACUGAGAGCAUGUGUUCCCAGCAACCUUCCAAAUAACUCAGAGGGCAAUUUCCAUAAGGUUGUGGAAGCAUCUGGGUGGUUCCCACAGCUCCAGACAAUUAUGCAGCUGGCUGGAGCUAUUGUCAAUCUCAUGGACCUUCAAGGAUCUUCUGUAAUGCUCUGUCUUGAAGAUGGCUGGGACUUCACUGGGCAGGUGCUGUCAAUUCACUCAUGCCUUUUGCUAUUGCAUCUUGCUUACUAUCAUAGCAACAAUUCCCUUGAUCCACAUGGGAUACAUAACCAGUUCCCGAUGGCAUUUGAAUUCAACCAGUUCUACCUGAAAUUCUUGGCAUACCACAGCAUCUCAGCACGAUUCCGUACAUUCCUGUUCAACUCAGAAUUGGAUCACGGAGGCUGGGGAGGGAUGGACAAGGAAUCUCGAAGAAUAUCCUGGGUGGGAAGUGGCAUACGAAAUUCUCAGGAUUCUGGAGCCAACUCUGAUGAUGAACUAAAUAUCCAAGGAAUAAGGAAGCUGAAUCGUGGCACUGUGUCAGGGAAGUCCAUCCAUUCAGUGUUUGACUACAUUGAGAAGAAGUCUGCCACUUCCUCCAUCUUCUACAAUUUCUUGUAUUGCAUGGAUACUGAUGAAGAGGUACUGAGACCAUAUAGUCAGUUAUCACAUUUGGAGUUAUGGUCUUUCUACACGGAUGAGUGCCUUCGAAGUGGUCCUCCAUAUGACUUGGAACUCUUGGAAGCAGACCACCUAUUGCAGGAAGAGAUGGCAGCAGCAGAUGGUUCAAUCCGCUCUCGCAAGUCCCUCCUCACAGGGUGA